AGCAGACAGUCUGGAACCAGUGUGCGGUUAGAUACAGAGAGAGAGAGAGGGGGAAAGCACAGACAAAGGGGGCGACACACACAGACAGAAAAAGAGUCCUAUGAAGAAGGAAGAGACAAGUAUUACAUUUCCCUUAAUUCCUCUUUUCUGUGGAUCUCGAGUCAGGUGUCCAGUCAUGAAGGAGCAGAAGUUGAAACAGGAAGUUUGCAGUAUCCAACAGGAAGCUCCAAGUGCUCGGCAGGCACUGCUCGAUAACUUCACCAACCUACUGAAGGUUGCCGAAUACUGCCAUACGAACUACCUACAGUCGGGAGUGAGCAGCAAAAAGGCAUUGGAGGAAACCAAGAGCUUCGCCAGCCAAUCGCUGGCCAGUGUUGUUUAUCAAAUCAGCACAUUGGCCAAUAGCCUGCUUGCUUUGCUUGAUGCUCAGACAAAUCUGAUUGGUCACAUGGAGUCUUCCAUCAACCUAAUUGGUCAGACUGUGGAGAUGCACAGGGAGAAAGUCGCCCGGAGAGAGAUUGGCAUUUCCACGGUUAUGAAGCGAGUUCCCCGUGGAGCAGAGAUGACCCCGGCUGACCCCGCGGUACACCGUCCCACCGAGUACCACCGCCGACCCAUCGACUACUCAGUACUGGACUCUGUUGGCCACCAAUACACAAUACCAGGGAAGCAGCAUUCCGGAAUGAUCCGUAAAGCUGGCAGCUCAAUCAGGUCCUUCAAAGCUCCUGGACAAGUGAUAUGUCCACUCCCUCCGUCUCUUGGCUUUGGCAAGCCUGAGGAACCACCCACUGAGAGUGACAUCAUGAUGAGCAAAGCCCCGCCCACAAACAAUAAUGUCACAGGGAUACCCGUCUCUUUGAGAACUCCCUGGUCAAAUUAUCCAGUGGAGCUGGUGGCCCAGCCCACUUCAAAGGAGUUUCUGUCCAAUCACAGCCUUCGUCCCCCCUCCACGCCCCCCAGCCUGGAGCCUGUGGAAGAGGUGACCGUGUUACUGCCCACUCCGGCUACGCCUAAGCUUGAUGUCAUCUCUAAUUCCGCCAUCGAGGAACCCAGUCCACCAUUUCUGCCACAUCCCGACCUUAUUCAGGAUGGAGAAGUUUCUUCCACAACUCGGAGGAAUCGCAUGCGUCGACUGCCCCCCAUCUCCCGCUCUCUCUCUCUGAGGGGGAGGGCUCGCCCCCACGACACACACUUACUACCUUCCGUCCAAUCAUUGAUGAUCCCGCCCCCUCCUCCUUAUGCUCCUCCUCCUGCUCCUCUUCCUCUCUCCUCUGCUCCUCUUCCUAUCUCCUCUGCUCUUCUUCCUCUAUCUGCUCGUCUCCGCUUAAAUGCCCGCCUACAACACCUGGACCUGGAGCUUCCAGUCCCGCCCCCUCCUCCCCUGUUGGACGACAGCUCGCAGUUAAAGUGAUAUCCCUCUUGCCACUGACAUCAAUACUCCUACAGGAUUAUGGUUGUUUAUUUAGAAUAAUAUAAAUAUGUGUGAGUUUAUAUAUAUAUAUAUAUUUUGUGUAUGUAUGUAGGUUUUUAUUUGUCACAUACUCAUACAGGAUGUGCAGUGAAAGGUUAGUAUACUCUAUGUUCUGUGCUUAAAAAAAUAAAUAAAAUAGAGUAAAAUACAAUAUAAGAAAUGAAAUGUAUACACAAUUAAAACUGCAUAAACAGGGAGAUGUACAAAUUGUAUUGUGCAAUAUGGCCAUUGUUAAAGUGGGGAUGAGGGGAUUGUCCAGUG